AUGGAGGGCGAAGACCAGUCAUGGCCGAUCCCACAGGAGGCGGCCCCGCUGAAGGUGGCGCCUCCUGAGAUGUUCGCGCACAUGUUUGAAGAAAGAUUUGUGGACCAGAGAAGACGGCAGCUUUCACAGGUGAACCUUAUUGCCGAGAGCGAUGCCACCGGGCUGAAUCUGGGAACCCCCCUCGCCACAGCCGUGUUGCUCGCAGCCAUGUACAUGGCUUAUGUGUUGUCUGUGAUGUCGCAGCUUGGGAAGACGACUCCUACUGGACCUGCAGCACCCUACGAAUUGGGAACGCGGCAACUUGCAGACAUCCAGUGGGGAAGCGCUGUCCUUGUGACAUGUGCCUAUUGCUUCCUGGUUUUCAUUGGAGUACGGUGGAUGGAGCGCCGGCCGCCCGUGAGAUCUGUAAUUUUUGAGCUCAUGGCGGUGUUCAACGUCAUGCAGGUGCUGAUGAAUGUUUACGAGAUUGGAGCGAUCGUUUACGAUGCGGCAAGUUCGGACUUCCGCUUAGACACUCUGCCAAAGAAUGUUGCAGAGCCGCUAAUUUGGUUGCAAUACCACUGCAGACAGCUUGAGCUGCUGGACACGUUUUUCAUGAUACUUCGAAAAAAGUUUUCAGAUGUGUCGCUCUUCCACAUGUACUACCGUGUGCUCAACAUGUGGGGUUGGUUCUUUGGAUUUCACUAUGCAUGCGUGGGGCCAACUCUAGUGCCUGCGCUGGUGACCUCAAUCGCCCAGACGUUACAGUACACGUCAUUCAGCAUGGCGCUUUUUGGCAUGCGCACGCUGCCAGUCUUUCGAAAGGCGCCCAUUGCAGAGCUUCAGAUUGCAUCGUCCGUCAUAUGUGUCCUUCACAACCUGUUCAUGGCCGUGACGGGGCGAUUGCCCAUUGGCUUGGCAAUGCUCCAUGUCUUUGUCCUGCUCAAUGGCGUGGUGUUGUACACGGAUUUCCACUUUCGGGAGACUCAUCCACUGAGAGAAGCAGUGAAGCCCGGUGCUCCCUCAGAGCGGGUCACUUUCUCCUUCGACUCUGCUGGGUGGCUGUACGUUUAUCAGUUUGGCGUCGCUGCCUUUUUGCAGGAGCACCUGAUGCCUGCACCUGGCAGCACCCCUGAUCCCAGCCACUAUCCGGAUGGCCUCGGCUUCAGCGGUUCGAGUGCUGGAGCUCUCACGGCGCUGCUUCUCGCCUCUGGGACCUCUGUUCCAGACGUUUUCGAGCAUGUCUUGGCACAGUACAAGAUCUGUCGCAGGCAGCCAUGGAAAAUGCCGGUCUGUGCGGAAGAAGCCUUGCGACAGUAUCAAUUUCCCGGCGCCCACAAGAUCAUCACCGGAAGGCUGCGGAUCCUGAUAACUCGGGCACUGUUGCGCCCGCCGUUCAUAAUGGGCGAGGUCGUGGACGAGUUCCCUGAUAAUGAGACCGCCAUUCAGCUUCUGAUGGCUUCCUGCCACAUUCCUGGCGUUUGCGGAAUGCUCCCAAAGAACGUGGGGGGGAAGUAUUAUUACGAUGGCAUGAUGUGGAGCUCGCUCUUUGUGCCAUGGCGCGGUGCCAAAGAGGACCACAUCGUGAAGGUCUCUGGGAUCGGAGGAGUCAUGUCUGACAUGAGUCCACCGUUCAUUCCUCCAUGGUGGUGCAUACUGCCCCCUCCAGUACGCGUGCUGCGUGGACUAUACUGGCAAGGCUAUCUUGAUGCUUUGAUGUGGUUCCGCGCUCCACCUCGAGCUCAGUCGCUCGAAGGAAUCUGUGGCUCCCGACGUGAGCGCAGCGACAGUUCCACACCCAUCAGGCGUCAUCCUUCUGGUCUCGCAGCAGAGCGGAAGUGGCAAGCCUCAAAGGCCUUGCUGAAACAGGCGCCGCCCAAGCUGGCCAAGGCGUUGGCUGUUUCUGACCCGAGUGGAGAGACAGUCCGAACGCUGCUGAAAGACUUCUACGAUGCAAGGAGUUUCACGCUUCAUGCUGCCGCCCUAGCCUUUUGCCUGCUCUUAUUGCCGCUGGGAGCGGUAACUCCCCAGAUCCGCAGCACCGUGCUGGGGCUGACUCUGGUGACUUCCGUGAAAUUUGCAUGGCAUACGGGAGAGGACAAGCGAGUCGUGCUGUUCAAUAUUGUCAUCAAGGCCUGUGAGAGGGCUCAGCAGUGGCAGCGCGCCUUGCGGCUCUUCCGCCAAAUGGGCUUGCGGGGAAUCCCACCUGAUGAUGUCAGCCUCACUACAGCUAUGACUGCCUUGACGCGUGGUACUAGAUGGGAUCUCAGCCUCCAGCUGAUUGACGAGGCGCAAGGGAUGUCAGUGAUGCCCAGCAACUUCAUACUGAGCUCUGCCAUCGCGGCAUUCGAGAAAGGCCACCAAUGGAGGAUGGCGGUGGAGUUCUUGAGAGAGGCCGGGCUUCCGGACAUCACCUCAUUGAACACAACCAUCAGCUGCCUUGCAAAGGCGCUCAAGUGGCAGCAUGCAUUGGAGCUAGCGGCCUCCCUGCCCGCAAGACAGCUGCAACCCACCAAUGUGACAUUGAGCGCCUCAAUUGGAGCCUGCGGAGCCGGGAGUCAUUGGACUUUGGCACAGCAUCUCUUCUCGGAAUUGCGAAGCAGCAAGGUUCAGAGCAACAACAUGAGCCUGGGUGCGCUGGCCUCCACCCUCGGUGAGUCUUCGCACUGGCCGCGAGCCCUGCAGCAGUUGAAGGCUUUCCAGACAGAUGGUGGUGUGGCAGAUGCUAUCACCUGGUCCGCCGUCCUGGCAGGCUGUGCUCGGGGUUCCAGUUGGGAGGCCGCCCUUGCAAUGCUGGAAGAGAUGAGGGCUUGCCAGCUGGACUCACAUGCUAUCUCCUACAACGCCACCAUGACAGCUUGCCAGCGGGCGCAUCGGUGGCAGUGCGCCCUGCUCUUGCUGGAGGACAUGGCUUCCAGGCAAAUACAGACUGGAAGCCAGACCCACAACGUUGGAAUUCAGGCCGCUGACAGCUGA